AUGUCUGCGCCGCGAACAACACCAACUCGCGUCAUCGUCAUUGGCGCUGGCAUCGCCGGCCUCGUCGCCGCAAAGACUUAUUUGCAAGUCUGCAAGCAUCUCGGGCGACCGCUCGAAUUGCUCGUGCUCGACGAGGCAGGGGAUCCAGGUGGCGUGUGGACGACGGAGCGCCAGUACCCGGGCUUGAUGGUGCAGGCUCCCAAUGGAUACUACGAGCUCUCGGACCUGUCGAUGGUAGAUGACGACUACCCGUGGCACUCGCUGGUCCCGGCAGCCCGAGAACAGGCGUAUCUGGAAGCCUACGCCCGCAGGUUCGACGUCUACGACAAGAUCCGCUUCGCCACGACUGUCGUCAAAGUCACUAGGCGGGAAGCGCCCUCUCAGCCACCUGGAUGGCUCGUCGAGACGGCGACCGGAGAGGUCCUCGAGUGCGACAAGCUCGUCGUUGCGUCGGGUCUGUACUCCAAGCCCCGACCGAUCCCGGUGCCAGUCUCGUCUUACAUGGGCACGACCGUCCACUCGCGCGACCUGGGCCGCGUGCACGAGCACAUCUGCGCGGACCCCACCGUCAAAGAUGUCGUCGUGGUCGGCGCCUGCAAGUCGGCCGUGGAGGCAUGCUCGGUCUUCCUCGCCCGCCACAAGCGGGUGCACUGGCUCAUUCGCCCUUCAGACCAGGGCGCGCCGCUGAUCAUCUCCCACCCAGACGCAAAGCCCAACCCCCUGGCGGUCGCGCUGACCCGGUUCUUCCCCGUCUUCACCCCGUCCAUCUGGAGCACCAGCGGCUUCUGGUACGGCUUUCUGCACUCGGGACGCUGGGUGCUUGGCACCUGGCUCGUGCAAGCCUUCUUCGGCCUGAUGAGCUGGGCCAUCAUGAGGGAAAUCCACUACGGGCGGAGCCAGAACUCGCGCAAGAUCCAGCCCAAGCAAAAGUCCCUAUUCUUCUACACCACAUACCUCAGCCUGGUGGUCGAGGGCCACCCGUUUCUCGACGCCCUGCACGAGGACAACCCGGACAAACUCACCGUCUAUCGUGCCACGCCCCUGAAAUGCGAAGGUAGAGAAAUCCUCGUGGAUGAGGAGGGUAAGGGGCAGAGGCGGCUCCCGGCUGACGCAAUCAUAUGGAGCAUCGGCUGGGAUCUGGGCCUGGACUUCUUCGAGCCAGAGGAAGCAGCAGAGAUUGGGCUCCCUGUGCCCUUGAGCAGCAAUAGCAGCAGCAACAGCAGCACCACGAGGACCAAAGACCCAGAUUUGUUAGCGUCCAGUCAUGGUGGUGGUGGUGAUGAUGCUCGCAAACCAGCUCCCGCUAUACCAGCAGACGCGGCCCUCCCACCCCUCGAAUUCUACGACGACAAGAUCCGGAACCUCUUCCCAGCGACGUUGAACCGACCACCCGCUCAACCACAAGACCCGACCCGGACCCUCUCACACACACGAUGGGGUUUGUAUCGCUUCAUCAUCCCGUCCAGGCACUUUGCGCGCGACGACCGCACGCUGGCGUUCGCGGGCUUCAUCUCGUCCGCGCAGACGGCCACGACGUCCGAGAUCGGCGCGCUCUGGGCCGUGGCGUGGCUCGAAGACCUGUUUGCACGCAGGCCCAUGCCCCUCGUCGACAGGGCCGACGCCGACCGAUUCAACACCUUGACGCCACUGCCACCGCCGUCCUCGAAGAAACCAAAGCUUAUGCAACAACAACACGAUGUCGACCGAUCAGUCGCUGAGGAGGACGAAGAUGUCCUCCGACGCCUCGCCGACGCCGAGAUCCGCUUCACCCAGGCCUUCCAGGAACGGCGCUACGGGCUCCGCGGCGCCAGGGCGCCAGAACUACUCCUCGAGGCCCGCAGCUACAUUGACGUGCUGUGCCGCGACCUCGGGGUCGAGGUGCACCGCAAACGGUUCCGCAUGCGCGAGCGCAACACCCGCGGGGUCUUGCCGACGACAACGACCACGUCGAGGGAGACGGGCUCUGGCUCGAGCUCGGGUCUGUGCCUGGGCCACUUGGGCCUUCGGGGACUGUGGGACGCAGCCAAGGACUGGUUCAGGGAGUAUUUCGAGCCGUACCUCGCCGAGGAUUUCAGGGGUGUCGUCGACGAGUUUUUGAGGAAUAACAUUGGAGAAGAGAGGGUCGGCGCGCAGGAGAGAGAGAAAGAUAGAUAG